AAUAUCAAUUUAGACCACCUCUUUCUCUUUCUCUCUCGCCGAAGAUCCUUUCUGAUCGUCAAAAUCCAGUAAGCAAAAAAAUUCUCAGCUUUCGUCAACUCGAUUGCUUUCCCUCUCUGGGUUUUAAUUUUCUCGACCAAUUCAGCUUUACAGUAACGAUCUCUCUGAAUUGAUGGCAGUGGAGCCUCGUGAAGGCACUGAGUUUGAAUCCGAGGAAGCGGCCAAGAUGUUCUACGACGAUUACUCUAGAAGUUUAGGAUUCGUGAUGCGUGUGAUGUCUUGUCGGAGAUCCGAGAGAGACGGAAGAAUCCUUGCCCGGAGAUUCGGCUGUAAUAAAGAAGGUCGCUGUGUUAGUGUCCGUGGCAAGUCUGGUUCUGUCAGGAAACCAAGACAGAGCACGAGAGAAGGUUGUAAGGCCAUGGUUCAUGUCAAGUACGACCGGUCUGGUAAAUGGGUCGUAACCAAGUUCGUUAAAGAACAUAACCAUCCGCUUGUCGUAGAACCACGACAGGCGCGUCAGAGUUUGGAUGAGAAGGACAAGAGGAUUCAAGAGUUGACGAUAGAGCUGAGGAACAAGAAGCGGUUAUGCGCAGCGUAUAAGGAGCAGCUGGAUGCGUUUGCGAAGAUCGUUGAGGAAUAUAGUAAUCGGAUGUCGAAGAGAGUUGAGAGUGUGGUUGAGAAUUUGAAGGAGUUUGAACAUAUAGAGCUCGAGCUGUUGUGUAGUAAACAAGAUGCUAUUUAUAAGCCAGCUUUAAAUGUGUGAUGCUUUGUAUAUACUAGAUGUAAUCUAGAUGUUAUUGAAUCUUAGUUUAUGGAAUGUAAUGUGAGAAACUGUGUAACUAUAUAUGUUUAAUGUAAUAUUACCAUUUCUUAAAAAUA